AUGGCUACUGAACUCAGCGUCCAGAACGAGCGCGCUUUCCAGAAGCAGCCUCACAUCUUCCUCAACAGCAAGACCAAGGCCAAGUCUGCCCGCCCGGGUAAGGGUGGCCGGAGAUGGUACAAGGACGUUGGUCUAGGUUUCCGGACCCCGAUCGCCGCGAUUGAGGGCCAGUAUAUCGACAAGAAGUGCCCUUUCACUGGCCAGGUAUCAAUCCGUGGCCGUAUCCUUACCGGCACCGUCGUGUCGACCAAGAUGCACCGGACGAUCGUCAUCCGCCGCGAAUACCUCCACUUCAUUCCAAAGUACUCCCGUUAUGAGAAGCGCCACAAGAACCUUGCCGCCCACGUUUCGCCCGCUUUCCGUGUUGAGGAGGGUGAUCAGGUUACCGUUGGCCAGUGCAGGCCUUUGAGUAAGACUGUCCGGUUCAACGUUCUCCGUGUUCUUCCCCGUACUGGAAAGUCGGUCAAGAAGUUUAGCAAGUUCUAA